GUCUCGAGGAAAUCUUGAUAGUACACUUCCUGAAGCGCUUACUUGUUGCAUUGCAGAAAUUGAAACACUUAGCACUUGACAAUCGAGCAGCUAGUAUCAGUGAUUUGAAAUUUUAUGCGAAGGUUUAUUCAUUAUCGCUGAGUCGGAACACGUUGAAAAUGAAUAUCUUCGUCUUUCUAGUUCUUUGUAUCGCCUGUGCGACACUCGUUGCUGCGGCCGAUGCCAGCGCCAUUAAGACCACAACGACAGUCACUAACAACAUAAUACCGCGUAGACCAACUUCUCUAACCAACAUCACGGACCCUCCAGACAACUUCACAACCCUUCCAACCAACAUCACAACCACUCCAAACAACAUCACAACCCGUCCAACCAACAUCACAACCACUGGACCCAAGACACACAUAACCAGACACACAGACAAGCCUACAGCGACAACAGCGGUCCCCAAGAAGGCCACGAAGUUCCACGCCCUGUCCUUCGGAGCGGGCAUCAUCCUCGGCUUCGGAGUUGCGCUCAUUGCUUCCCUCAUUAUCUAUUGCGUCUUAAUACGGAAGCGCGCCGGAUACGCUUCCAUGUAGGUUAGGACAUUCACAUGAGAUGCGUUCAGGGAAAACUGGGCUGUAUGCAUGUGCGUUAAGUGUCAUCCCAGAUUAGUCGGUGCAGUUCACUGGAUUUUAGCUGAGAAGAGACUUCUUUGAAAGGAAGCAUUCACUAAAAUCGGAAAGUGCACUUCCCAAUAAGCCUGUGCGUACUGCACAUGCUAAUAAGGGAUGACACUUUACGCACAUGUAUUCAUGUGCCCUGUUUAACAGAACGAGCCUCAUAUGAAAUUGAUACGCUUUCGCGGCGGAAAUUAUGGUCAGUUUGUGUCCUUGUAAUCGUGUUAACACUAGGGUAAUUCGAUUGUUCUGAAAACAAGCGUUCUUCAAACACAGUGUGAUGUUAUAUAUUGUUGUUUCACAAUUACUUUCAUAAAAUUACGAAAAAAGAAAACGUUGCACUGAAGUUUAGAAAUAGUUAUAGCUUUGUCAUGAUUUUUUUCAACAUAAAAGUAGCAUUUUUCUGUAAUAUAAAAAAAACACUAACCUGAAUCAACAAUACAUUUUAAUAUAAACAAUAUUAAAGUACAAAAUGAAUCGCGAGACAUUAUGAAAACUGUAACAAAUUCUCGUGUGAUGCGUCAACGAAUUUCGUCGCAUUUAUGUAUACUAGAUAUCAUUGUUCGUGGUAAAUUAUAAUUGUUGCCGCUUAAAAUAUAUACACUUAUGAUUAAUGUAAAUUGUUUAUAUUAUAUUUUCCUUGAAUGCGGAAGAUUUGUUUGAAGUAGCUUUUAAUGAAUCGUAGAGACAGCUUUUUGAAUUUGUUUGUAUAUGACUGUUUUGUGUGCUCGUUAGUAACUGCUAAAUUUGUAUAAUCCCUUUGUAUUGCAUUUGGCUCAUUCAUCAUGACAUAAUACGUAUCAAACAAACAUAGUUUUUAAAUUUCCCCCCAAAUUAGUACGUCUUUCGCAUGCAAUUCAUAUCUCAACAGAUUUGGCGUUUGUGAAUAUUAUUCAGAUUCUACUAUGGUAUGCAAAUGCCACAAUUAGUGUAUGAAUAUUGCCAUCGGAGUCGCGUUUUGUUAUUAAAGUGUGCAACUACAAAAUAUAUGAGAUGCUUGAUUAUUAUUUUUUCUAACCGGAUUGGUGUGAAAUCAUGUACGCAUUAUUAAAUGACUGCACGAAAUAUUGGAACUGAUACGUGAAUUGUUGAAAGCUUUUGGCAAUCUUUUUUAACAGUAGUGUUCUUUUACAAAAAUAGAUUUUGCUGCCCUAUAAACUGAUAUUAUACAAUAAAUAUUUAUACUCGA